AUUAAUCCCCAUGAUCCACCUGGACAGAUCAAAAGCAGGAAGAGAAGAGCAGCUUCUUCUCUCCCAGUGUUUCCUCGACACAUGAAGGUGGAAAGUGUCUGUAAACUGACCUGAAGUGAGUUCAACAGAUCUUGGAGAUGGAGAGAAAAAUCUUUGAAAUUUUGGAGCAAUUGAAAGCAGACCAAUUUAAAUCAUUCAAGUGGCACCUGCAGCUGGGGGUCCGGAUAGGCUUCCCACCAAUCCCAAUCAGUAAACUGGAGAAUGCCGACAGGAUGGACGCAGUGGAUCUGAUGGUGCAGACCUACCAUAAAAACACUACUACGGUGACCAGAAUUAUUUUGGAAGAGAUACAAAGAAAUGAUCUUGUGGAAAAAUUACCCAACACUGUGUCAGAAUCUACAGAGAUUAUUACCAACUACCAACUCAAAUCCAACCUGAGGAAGAAGUUCCAGUGUGUGUUUGAGGGGAUCGCAAAAGCAGGAAACUCGACCUUUCUGAAUCAGAUCUACACAGAGAUCUACAUCACAGAGGGAGGGACUGCAGAGGUCAAUGAUGAACAUGAGGUCAGACAGAUUGAAACAGCAUCCAGGAAACCACACAGACCAGAAACAACAAUCAGACAGGAAGACAUCUUUAAAGCCUCACCUGGAAGAAAUGAACCAAUCAGAACAGUGCUGACAAAGGGAGUGGCUGGCAUCGGGAAAACAGUCUUAACACAGAAGUUCACUCUGGACUGGGCUGAAGACAAAGCCAACCAGGACAUACAGUUCACAUUUCCAUUCACUUUCAGAGAGCUGAAUCUGCUGAAAGAGAAGAAGUACAGCUUGGUGGAACUUGUUCAUCUCUUCUUUACUGAAAUCGAAGCAGCAGGAAUCUGCAGGUUUGAAGAGUUCCCGGUCGUGUUCAUCUUUGACGGUCUGGAUGAGUGUCGACUUCCUCUGGACUUCCACAACAAUGAGAUCCUGACUGAUGUUACAGAGUCCACCUCAGUGGAUGUGCUGCUGACAAACCUCAUCAGGGGGAAACUGCUUCCCUCUGCUCGCCUCUGGAUAACCACACGACCCGCAGCAGCCAAUCAGAUCCCUCCUAAGUGUGUUGACAGGGUGACAGAGGUCAGAGGGUUCACCGACCCACAGAAGGAGGAGUACUUCAGGAAGAGAUUCAAAGAUGAGGAGCAGACCAGAACAAUCAUCUCCCACAUCAAGACAUCACGAAGCCUCCACAUCAUGUGCCACAUCCCGGUCUUCUGCUGGAUCACUGCUACAGUUCUGGAGGAGGUGUUGAAGACCAGAAAGAGAGGAGAGCUGCCCAAGACCCUGACUGAGAUGUACAUCCGCUUCCUGGUGGUUCAGUCCAAAGUGAAGAACAUCAAGUAUGAUGGAGGAGCUGAGACAGAUCCACACUGGAGUCCAGAGAACACUAAGAUGAUCGAGUCUCUGGGGAAACUGGCUUUUGAUCAGCUGCAGAAAGGCAACCUGAUCUUCUAUGAAUCUGACCUGAUAGAGUGUGGCAUCGAUAUCACAGCAGCCUCACGGUACUCAGGAGUGUUCACACAGAUCUUUAAAGAGGAGAGUGGACUGUACCAGGACACGGUGUUCUGCUUCGUCCAUCUGAGUGUUCAGGAGUUUCUGGCUGCUCUUCAUGUCCAUCUGACAUUCAUCAACUCUGGUGUCAAUCUGAUGGCAGAAGCAACAUGGUGGAUUGGACGUUUCUUAUCCUACCUAUGGUCUAAAAUCUUUAGAGACAAAUCUGAAUCAACAUAUCUCUACCAGAGUGCUGUGGACAAGGCCUUACAGAGUCCAAAUGGACACCUGGACUUGUUCCUCCGCUUCCUCCUGGGUCUUUCACUAGAGACCAAUCAGACUCUCCUACGAGGUCUGCUGACACAGACAGGAAGUAGCUCAACGACCAAUCAGGAAACAGUAGAGUACCUCAAGAAGAAGAUCACUGAGAAUCUGUCACCAGAGAGAAGCAUCAAUCUGUUCCACUGUCUGAAUGAACUGAAUGAUGGUUCUCUAGUGGAGGAGAUCCAACAGUCCCUGAGAUCAGGACGUCUCUCUACGGAUGAACUGUCUCCUGCUCAGUGGUCAGCCCUGAGCUUCAUCUUACUGUCAUCCGAAAAAGAUCUGGACGUGUUCGACCUGAAGAAAUACUCUGCUUCAGAGGAUGCUCUUCUGAGGCUGCUGCCAGUGGUCAAAGCCUCCAACAAAGCUCUACUGAGUUUCUGUAACCUCUCAGAGAGAAGCUGUGAAGCUCUGUCCUCAGUUCUCAGCUCCCAGUCCUGUAGUCUGAGAGAGCUGGACAUGAGCAACAAUGACGUACAGGAUUUAGGAGUGAAGCUGCUAUCUGUUGGCCUGGAGAGUCCACGUUGUACACUGGAAAAGCUCAGGCUGUCUGGCUGCCAGGUCACAGGAAAAGGCUGUGCUGCUCUGGCCUCAGCUUUAAGGUCCAACCCCUCACAUCUGAGAGAGCUAGACCUGAGCUACAAUCAUCUAGGAGACACAGGAAAAGACCUGCUUUCCGCUGGACUGAGGGACUCAGACUGGAGACUGAAAACUCUCAGUAUGGACCAUGGUGGAGAGCGGAGACUGAAACCUGGCAUGAGGAAAUAUUUCUGUGAUCUCAGACUGCUCCCAAACACAGCAAACAGCAAGCUCAAACUGUCUGACAACAACAGAAAAGUCACACGGGUGAAAAAGGAGCAGAAAUAUCCUGAUCAUCUAGAGAGAUUUGACUACUGGCCUCAGGUGCUGUGUAGAAAUGCUUUGCAUGGUAGUAGUUACUGGGAGGUCGAGAUGGAAGGACUGGUUUCUAUAGCAGUAACUUACAGAGGAAUCAAAAGGAAAGGAGAUGGAUAUCAAUGCAGGUUUGGAGGGAACGAUCAGUCCUGGAGUCUCUCUUGCUCUGACAGUAAUGGUUACUCGGUCUGGCAUGAUAAUAAAAAAACAGACCUCCCCCUCUCCUUCUCCUCUGGAAGAGUUGCAGUGCAUGUGGACCGUCCUGCUGGUACUCUGUCCUUCUACAGAGUCUCCUCAGACAAACGGAUCCACCUCCACACCUUCAACACCACAUUCACUGAACCUCUUUAUCCUGGGUUUGGAGACCUGAAGCUUGGUUCUUCAGUGUCUCUAUGUCUGUUUGAAGGAGAAUCUCCUCCUGAGUAGAGAAACACUCAAACUGCUAACUGAAGGCAGCGGUUCGCUCUGUACCUGUAGUUGUUUGGAUCCAGUGAAGAA